CAGGAAAUGUUCUCAGAUUAAAGAAGGCAAUUUAUGGCUUGAAGCAAUCUCCAAGGGCUUGGUACCAUAAGUUGAGCACCACCCUCAAUGGAAGAGGCUUUGUCAAGUCUGAAGCUGAUCAUACCCUAUUCACUCUCACUAGCCAGCAAGGAAUCAUUGUCAUUCUCAUCUAUGUUGAUGACAUUAUCAUCACAGGCAGUGACAAAGAAGGGAUCAUCUCGACCAAAGCGUUCCUUAAGGCUUCAUUUGAUAUCAAGGACUUGGGAGAGCUCAAAUACUUCCUAGGGAUCGAGAUGUGUAGGUCUAAGGAAGGGUUGUUUCUAUCUCAAAGGAAAUACACCCUUGACUUACUAAAUGAGGCUGGAGAUCUUGGUGGAAGAGCUGCCAAAACACCUCUAGAGGAAGGAUACAAAGUGAUGCGUGAGGGGGAGAUUGAAGACAAGUCAUAUGAAGAUGUAAAGCAUUAUAGGAGAAUGGUGGGAAAACUCAUUUAUCUUACCAUUACCCGACCAGAUGUAUGCUUUGCAGUAAACCAAGUAAGCCAACACAUGCAAGCUCCCAAGGUACACCACUGGAACAUGGUUGAGAGGAUUCUCAGGUACCUAAGAGAGGCACCAUGUCAAGGAGUAUGGAUGAGAUGCAAUAGAAGCACUGAGAUUGUUGGGUACUGUGCUGCGGAUUGGGCAGGAGAUCGAGUUGAUAGGAGAUCAACUACUGGAUAUUGUACCUUCAUUGGAGGCAAUUUGGCUAAGAGCAACUACUGGUAA